AUGUGUGCUGAUGCAGUGUGGAAGAGUAACAAAGUGGUAUGUUUUGCAGGCUCUGGGUCCCUUGCUGCAAUGGCUGUGUUUGAAGACCGCUACAGACCAGAUUUAGAGGAAGAAGAGGCCAAACAAUUGGUACGGGAUGCCAUUGCUUCGGGGAUCUUCAAUGACUUGGGCUCCGGUAGCAACAUAGACUUGUGUGUGAUUACAAAGAAUAAGGUGGAUUACAUACGCCCUCAUGAUAUGGCAAACAAGAAAGGUGUGAGAUCUGGACAUUACAAGUACAAGAAAGGCACCACUGGUGUUCUGUCGGAGAAGAUUACCCACUUCAACCUCGAUGUAGUGGAAGAGAGUAUCCAAACUAUGGAUACUUCCUAAGGUUAUAGUCCAAUCCCCGUUUGUACUGAGUCAUAAUAUGUCAAAUCUCUGUUCUUUGUGAGAGAUUCAAU